AGUUGUGUCAAGUUGGCUGGAUGCCCUUUGGGUGGUGGAUCAUUCUUGAUACACACGAGAAACUGUUUAAGCGUGAAAAACCCAGCAGUGUUGCAGUUAACUUGCCUCAGUAAUAUCUGAGUUUUAUUUCAGGGGGAAGGAUUAGAAGAACGGGGCAUAUUUCCUUUAGACCGGACAGUCAGUCAGACGCAUAUCCCGUUUCCCAUUUCUAUCCAAGCCGUUUGCAGAGAUAGUGCACUCACUGCACUGAGAGCAGCGGUCACAAGUCAAGUCCGUCUCGGCAAGUUAUUAUCUACGGUGGAUAUUACAAUACAAGUCUUAGCUCUCUGCUGAAGAGACAGAAGAUGGACUCAGCCAUUAACAGCCACCUUGUGCAGAACCAGUCCAUUCUUCUGAGUGCUGGUUAUUCCAACGAGACCUGUCGCUUCGAUGAGGAGUUUAAGUACAUCCUACUGCCUGUUUCCUACAGCCUGGUGUGCGUUCUGGGUCUGGUGCUGAACUCUGUGGCUCUGUGGAUGUUCCUGACCAAGAUGCGACCGUGGAACACCAGCACCGUCUACAUGUUCCACCUGGCCCUCUCAGACUUCCUGUACGUUCUCUCUCUGCCCACCCUCAUCUACUACUACGCUAACCGUAGCCACUGGCCUUUCGGCGUGGCCGCCUGCAAGAUCGUCCGCUUCUUGUUCUACGCCAACCUCUACUGCAGCAUCCUCUUCCUCACCUGCAUCAGCGUCCACCGCUACCUGGGCAUCUGCCACCCCAUCAAGGCCCUGACCAUGGUGAAGCCACGCCAUGCCCACGCCGUGUGUGGAAUGGUGUGGGCUGCUGUCACGGCGUGUUUGGUGCCCAACCUCCUCUUUGUCACCACCAGCCAGAGGGACAACGACACGAUGUGUCACGAUACGACCAAUCCCGAGCAGUUUGAGGAGUAUGUGGACUACAGCUCUGCGGUCAUGGUCCUGCUGUUCGGCGUCCCCUUCAUAGUCAUCAUGGUCUGUUACUGUCUGAUGGCACUGGCUCUGUGUCGGCCCAGACGGGGGCUCUUGUCCAGCCAGCAGAACUCACCCUCACGCACCAAGUCCAUCAAGCUAAUUGUGGUGGUGCUGGUGGUGUUCGCCGUGUGUUUUGUACCCUUUCAUAUCACACGCACCCUCUACUAUACCUACCGUGUACUGAAUGCCAAAUGUGAAUUCCUGAACGUCGUCAACUUUGCCUAUAAGAUCACCAGGCCUCUGGCCAGUGUGAACAGCUGUAUUGAUCCCCUCCUGUAUUUCCUGGCUGGGGAUCACUACCGCUCUAAGCUGGUCAAAGCUCUCACUGGAAAUAGACCGACAACCACCUCUGCUGCCUGCCUGAAAAAGCGCCCCAAAAAGAACCAUGAGAUCGCGCUGGUCUAUAAGAACCCAGAGCCUAAAGCCAGCGCUGAACCUAUGAGAUAGUGGAUUAUACAUAUGGACAACUAUGGGUCAUCAUAUAGAUAUGCCUAAACUCCAUGAUAUAAACAGGGAGGAAACAGGUAACAGUCCUAGGCUGGCCACUACUCAGCUGCACUUUCUUUAGAUGCUGUUCUGUCAUUUCAGACACAGGAUGACUACUGUCCAGGGUGAACGAAGGGGCCUCUUGACAGAGCUCAGACCUGAAUGAGAAAUUCAGUUCCUAUAAGGCUGUUGGGUCAACGCAGCUAAUGUCAUAUUAAAGAGAAUGAAGAAGUGGGAGUACGGUUGAGUUCAGAAAACAGUGGUGGAAAAAGUACCCAAUUACCAUACUUGAGUGAAGUAAAAAUGAAAGUCACCCAGUAAAAUACUACUUGAGUAAAAGUCUAAAAGCAUUUGGUUUUAAAUAUACUUAAGUAUCAAAAGUAAAUGUAAUUGCUAAAUUAUACUUAAGUAUCAAAAGUAAAAGUAAAAGUAUACAUUAUUUCCAAUUCCUCAUAUUAAGCAAACCAGACGACAUCUUUUUCUUGCUUUUUUAUUUAUGUCUGUUUAGUGAGUCCGUCAGAUCAGAGGCAGUAGGGAUGACCAGGGAUGUUCUCCCGAUAAGUGCGUGAAUUGGACCAUUUCCCUGUCCUGCUAAGCAUUCAAAAUGUAAUGAGUACUUUUGGGUGUCAGGGAAAAUGUACAGAGUAAAAAUACAUUAUUUUCUUUAGGAAGUAAAAGUUGUCAAAAAUAUAUAUAACUAGUAAAGUACAGAUACCCCCAAAAAACGAAUUAAGUAGUACUUUAAAGUUCUUUACACCGCUGGAAAACAGUCUCCUUAUCACCACUAACACUUUAAAACAGUGUUGUAAGUAUGUAGUACUGUGAGACAUCUACAUUCCCCCUUGUUAGUAAGAAGCUAUGGCAGGUAGCCUAGUGGAUAAGAGUAACUGAAAAGUUGAGGGUUCAAAUCCCCAAGCCGACUAGGUGAACAAUCUGUUGAGCAAGGCACUUAACCCUAAUUGCUCCUGUAAGUUGCUCUGGAUAAGAGCUUCUGCAAACAUGUAAAAGCCAAGUCUGUUUAAUACAUGUACUCUACAGUCUCUUCCUACUCUGAAUGCUUAUCUAUUAAUUUAAUUCUGCCGGUUAUAGUGCUUGUAAGACAAGAGUUCAAAUCCUUUCAACCAGGGAAACAAAACCGUUUAUGUGCCUCUGUCUGAGCCAAACUGUAGUCUCAUAGAAUUAAUUCUUAACUGACUUGCCGAGUUAAAUAAAUAACAUAAAAUAAAAAUAUUACCACAGACUGUUAUGCAAAGCCUGUUAUGCACAGUAGUUACAGGACUCUGAAGAGCAGGAGGAAAUGUAUGUAAUCUGUCAUCUGUUUGUUCAGAUUUGUGUUAUUAUGGUAGCACGUACUCAGAGAGAGGCUCUGUGGAUGGGUAUGACAGAAUGGAUUAUUAUGGAUUAUCAGUGAGUUACUGUGAUCAUCAAAAGCAUCUCUUCCUAUAACAAUUUUAAAAUAUGAUCCAAGGAGUUUGGCUGGUAAAAAUGUCUUCCAGUCAGAGUGGAGGUGACGUUACAAUUAUCAAAAAAACUCAGAGGUUGAGGCAAGCUGAAACAGUUCAACAGAAACAGUGUGUGUUAUCUAAAAAAUGUGUGGAGCUAAAGCACUAGUCCUCUCCCAGCUGUUUGUGUCCUUCAGCACAGUCUCCACAAAUGUCUGUCUGUCUGUCUCUGCUGUGAGGAAACCAGGGGAGAGGUGGUGUGAGGGAGUAGAGGGACUGAAUGGGUGUGUAGGCUGGAGUAUCAACUCCAUCCAACAACCCACACGUUGGAUAAAGAGGAGAUUUUCCUGCAUUACCCCAUUUGGAUUCAUUACUUGACCCAACAUGGUCUUUUUCCGCACUAGUUUUGGUUGUUGUUGUUGUUGCUGCACUCAGAAAGACUGCCUUACUUUCCAUGUGAAAGCAGAUGUCUCUGUAAAGCAGAUUGCAGGUUAGAGGUCCAUUCCUAAGGGUAUUUGAAGUACUAUACUGCUGUACUUCAUAUUAAAGCUACUGGUUGUGUUUAUAAAAGGCAUUAUAACUCCGGUUCAAGGUAUGAUAGGAAGGCACAUGGUUCAAUAGGUUUAUAACAAUAUCAUGCCAUUAAAUCUAUUUUUAUAAAUACA